CCCCACCCUCGCAAGACUCAGCGGCGGCGACGGCGGCGGAGCCCGGGAGACACUCGCUCACCAUGAGCGGCGGCGAAGUGGUUUGCUCGGGAUGGCUCCGAAAAUCCCCCCCGGAGAAGAAGUUGAAGCGUUACGCAUGGAAGAGGAGGUGGUUUGUGCUCCGAAGUGGGCGUUUAACGGGAGAUCCGGACGUAUUGGAAUACUACAAGAACGAUCACGCCAAAAAGCCCAUCCGCAUCAUUGACUUAAACUUAUGUCAACAAGUAGACGCCGGAUUGACAUUUAACAAAAAGGAGUUUGAAAACAGCUACAUUUUUGAUAUCAACACUAUUGAUCGCAUCUUCUACUUGGUAGCGGACAGUGAGGAGGAGAUGAAUAAGUGGGUUCGUUGUAUUUGUGACAUCUGUGGGUUUAACCCUACAGAGGAAGAUAUUGUGAAACCACCUGGCUCUUUGCAGCCCUCAACUGACUUCCCUUUAGCUGUAAAUACGUCCCCACCCUCUAUGCAGAUGGAUCCAUCCUCUGGCACUCUACCUCCUCCCUAUCAGCUAAUCAAUUUACCAGCACACCUGGAACCUCUUCCCAUUCAGGAUGAUCCCCAAGACUACCUCUUGCUCAUCAACUGUCAAAGCAAGAAGCUUGAACCCACAAGACCACACGCUGAUUCGGCAAAAUCCACCUCUUCGGAGACCGACUGCAACGAUAAUGUCCCUUCUCAUAAAAAUUCUGCUUCCUCUCAGAGCAAACAUGCGGUGAAUGGCUUUUUUCAACAGCAAACCAUGUAUGACCCUCUACCCUCCCGAGCUGCCUCUGUUUCUAUAGACUCCGGCCUAUAUAAACUGCCCCGGAGUUUCUCCCAUGACGUCUUACCAAAGACAGCAUCUCCACUGAGCACCGAUGUGGACGGAGAGCUUUAUGUUUUUAAUACGCCAUCUGGAACAUCCUCACUAGAAACGCAAAUGAGACAUAUCUCCAUUGGUUAUGACAUUCCCCCCACACCUGGGAACACGUACCAGAUUCCAAGGACUUUUCCAGAAGGAGCUUUGGGUCAGACGUCCAAGUUAGAGACGAUCCCAGAUAUUCCUCCGCCACGGCCCCCGAAACCACACCCAGCUCACGACCGAUCACCUGUGGAAACAUGUAGCAUUACCCGCACUGCCUCAGACACGGACAGUAGUUACUCUAUCCCCACUGCUGGGGUCCCACCGUCUCGUAGUAAUACCAUUUCCACUGUGGAUUUGAACAGAUUGAGAAAAGACGCUAGUUCUCAAGACUCCUAUGAUAUUCCACGAACAUUUCCAACUGAUAGAUCUAGCUCACUUGAAGGCUUCCAUGGUCACCUUAAAAACAAAAACAUGUUGACAAUGGGGAGUGUAUCAAGUGAAGAAUUGGAUGAAAACUACGUCCCAAUGAACCCCAAUUCUCCUCCACGACAGCAUUCCAGCAGUUUUACAGAGCCAAUUCAUGAAGCUAACUAUGUGCCGAUGACACCUGGGACGUUUGACUUUUCAUCGUUUGGAAUGCAGGUCCCGCCUCCUGCUCACAUGGGCUUCAGGUCAAGCCCAAAGACCCCUCCCAGAAGGCCCGUUCCUGUGGCAGACUGUGAGCCGCCCCCUGUGGAUAGGAACCUCAAGCCAGACAGAAAAGGUCAAAGUCCCAAAAUUUUAAGACCAAAACCCCAUGGUUUAGAGCGAACUGAUUCACAAACCAUAGGUGACUUUGCUACAAGACGAAAGGUAAAGCCAGCACCACUGGAAAUCAAACCAUUGCCAGAAUGGGAAGAGCUCCAAGCCCCUGUGAGAUCUCCUAUUACUAGGAGUUUUGCUAGAGACUCCUCCAGGUUUCCUAUGUCUCCCAGACCGGAUUCAGUUCAUAGCACAACUUCUAGCAGCGACUCCCAUGACAGUGAAGAGAAUUAUGUGCCCAUGAAUCCAAAUCUGUCCAGUGAAGAUCCCAAUUUGUUUGGCAGCAAUAGCCUGGAUGGAGGAAGUAGUCCAAUGGUAAAACCUAAAGGAGACAAACAAGUGGAAUACCUAGACCUAGAUUUAGACUCUGGGAAAUCAACACCACCACGGAAGCAAAAGAACAGUGGCUCUGGUAGCAGCGUGGCCGAUGAGAGAGUGGACUAUGUUGUAGUUGACCAACAGAAGACAUUGGCACUGAAGAGUACCCGAGAAGCUUGGACCGACGGGAGGCAGUCUACAGAAUCUGAAACUCCCACCAAGAGUGUCAAAUGAAGAUUCUGCUCCAGCUGCCUUCCAAGAACAGAAGAAGCUAGAAUUCUCAAGAUAAUUCCUGGUAACCUAGGGUACAGAGCCACAUCCACAGCAGUGUUUGACCGAAGAGGACUUGACUGUUCAACUCUGGAUAGACCCUUGAAAUGAAUGGAGUUGAAGUCAGUGGACGUUUCAGACGAAAUCAAGCGAUUGAUUACGCUCAAUGGUGCUUUGUGGUAUCUGAACAAAUUACAAGAUGUAAAUAACGUAGAAAAAUAGUAUUGUUUAGCUCCCAGAAAAACAUUCGUUCUCCAUUUAAUACGUUUGUAGUAUUACUAUAUUUAUGCACUUUUUCAGUUAAAAUAUGGGUUCAGGUAUUCCCAAAUAAUGUACCUUAACGCAGUUCUUUUGGGAGUUCUCAUUUUUCCUCACACUAUUCUAAAUAACAAGUCGAGGUUAAUUAAGCUACAUAUAGAGUGGAAAUUGGUGUCUAAACUUCACUUGUCCAUUUUAAAGUGCAUUAGAAGUAGAUUCACAACUUAAUUGACUACCUGAAACUUUAAGUGGUAAACAGUAGUUUGCUCCAUUUUUUUAUUUAAUGCAAAGCAUAAUGAGGGGCUUACCAUUUGCCCUCCUAACACAUAUGCUAUAAGUUAAUAAUAAUGAACCAUUCUGGAUUUAGGACUUACUAUUCUUCCUUAGACACAUUUAGUUCAGCAGCGGAAUUUCUAUUGUUGUUUUUUGUUUUUGUUAAUGACAGUGUUUGGGGUGCAUUGGGUGAAGAUUCUGCAGGGUAGGAUCUUGCACUUUUAAAAACUCAAUAAUUAAAUAUCAAGUUAGCCUGCAAACCACUGAGGGCAUGCAGUAAUGUUAUGAUUCACAUUUAUUAACAUGUACUGAUCUUUACAUUAUUUACAAAAGGUAGACUAUAUAAAUAAUCAGGUACGUACAGAGCACUGCUGUGCUAAUCACACUGAUCAGGUUUAGACAGUGAGCUUUUAGUCUUACUUAGAAGUCCUGGUAUUUGGUUCCCAACUUGAAAUUAAUGGGACAGUUGACAUUCACUGUUAGUACUAGUAACAUACUGUGAUUUUUUAAGUAGACAGUAAUACAGAUUUAUUAUUCUAUGAAUGGAAAUAACUAUGUUUUGACACCAUAGUGCCCUUUCUAUGAACUUUUAUUUUACUUAAUCUUCUUCUUGGCCUUAUAUUUAAAUCCCUAUGCAACUGAUAUUUUAUAUAUAUACAUUUUUUUAAAAGAGCAGAUGCUGUUAUGUAAGUAAUUGCCAUGUGUGACGCCUGUUGCUUUUCCAGUAGAGGAUGUAAAGGUUUUUUGUACUGUGAUUUUUAUUCACUGCCCCAAUUCCAGGUAUACUUGGAGCCUCAGUCUAACAUGACUUGCUAGAAUGGGGAAUUCAGCUUUGGGCACCCAUAACUAGGUUUGUUCUUGAGAGCACCAGAAGAACUUUGGGAUAACGUUAUCUCUUAUCUUAAACUUGGUCCUAUGCCAUGAGUACCAAGGUGAUGGCAUCAAAGUCAGACUACAAUGUAUUAACCUGCCUUGGUUUAGAAACGUGAUUUAGUUAUCAGGAGGAAACUACCAUUCUUUACCUAAUAGACAUAUAUAAGGCCUAGUAUAUAUUGAAUGGAAUGUACUAACAUGGAGGAGGGAGGGAAAAAGAGGAAGGGAGAAGACUAAGUUCCCAGUUGUAAGACAUCUCUCUCUUCUUGUAUCCAGACCUCUGACUGUUGUCUAAUUAAAUGAUUGUGUCCUGUUUUCUAGCAUGUUGGCCUUACUACUGUGCCUAAUCAUCUUAGUGGAUUUUUUUUUCCCUCAAUCCACAGUAUAUAAAUUAUCCUAAUAAGGUGGCUUGUAAAACUAGUAACAUUUUGAUGCUUUCAAUGUUUGCUUCUUUUUGGAAAAAAAAAACCCACAAAAAACUAAACCAACACAAAACUAAACCUGGGACAUACUUUAUAAGGUGAUUUUAAAAAAUAAAUCAGAUUGUUCAAGAGUGAUGUGUUAAACUGUUUUGCCAUGGAACCAUAAAAUAAAGGCUAAGUGCUAUGAAAUGUGCCUAAACUACCCAAACAUAGUUAGUUGGUCUGUGAAAAUGCUAAAUUGUGUUGCCUGGUACAUGUGACUUAAAUCUUAAAACAUUUUCAAGGAGAAGUUAAAGAUAACUGAGAAAUAGGAACUGUAUGGUGUUUUUUUAAUUGUCUCUAGGAUCUCAAGCUAUGGUGAAAAAAUGGGAUAGUUUCUUUUCUGCAUAACUUUGUUAAGUUAUUCAUUAUUUUCCCUAGGAAUGCAACACUCCCAGCAGGUCAUAGUUGUGAGUAUUUUCCCAUCAUGCAGGGUGAGCACUUGGUACUUGAAAUAUUUUAGAAAGACAGUUUGCUGUAGGAAAUUAACAUCCACUAAAAAUUUUCUUGCCAAUGUUAAAUGAAAAACAGAUGAAAUUCUCCUGGAAAGUGAGUCGGUGCUAAAUCAAUCAGUGGUAUUGUGGAAGUCCAAGAACACUGUGCUGGCUUUGGGUAUUUCAGCUGUCUUUUUUCCAUGUGAUCGGUGUUCAUAAAAUGUUAAAUAUGUAUUUUAAACAUUAAAAAUAAUUUUGCUAAUGUCUUGCUUUCUAAGCAACUACUACAUGUCA